UCGUCAUGUUUGGCGUGUACGUUUUUUCCUGCGACGCGCUCUUACCCGUUCUUUCUUUCUCUCGAUCGGUCGUCACUUUCUCACUUUUGCGCGAUCUCCUUUUUCGCUCGUCCGCCGCCUGAAAUUAAUUCGAGCAGCGCGUUCACUUUUCUCUGAACGAAAUUCGAUGACCCCUCUUGCCUGCCGAUAUCGCAUUGUUAAUUGCAACUUUUUUGCCGCAUUUUCCACGUACGCCCGGACGAACGAACUCCUUGUCCACCGCCGCCGCGCCGCGUGCACCGACCGAAAAAAACAUUCGCCGCGCGCUGCAUUUAUUUUAUUUUGUAUCAUUUAUUGGUUUCAGCAAAACGCGGAGCCGGUCGCCAGCCGUCUCUCUCCUUCGAUUAUUUAAUUCGUCGCGAUUCUGGCUAAGCUCCCGCAAAAACGGCUUUCGUUUCGUAACGCGCGCCCAGACAGCUGCCGUCAUUCCGUGUAAUAAUCAGAGCGAGACGAUGUCGAUGACCUGCCUGGUGGUGUUGGCGCUGUUGGGGGUGACAGGCGGUGCACCCACCCCUCCCGUGCCGAGCAGCAGCAGCAGCGUGUCGGGGGCGGAGGGCGGCAGCCGCGAGGCCGCCUCCAGCCCGAGCAGCACCGAGGCCAUCGUCGUCCCUUCCUCCUCUUCGACAUCAGUGACAACAACGACCGCGUGGCCCGAGUAUGAGCCUGCACCGGCCACGACGACGGUGGAGGCGGCGGCGGCGGCCGACGGCCACGACGAGGCCAUCCGGCUGUGGCCGGGCUACUGGAUCAAGACGGACGAGCAGGAGGAGGCGCACGCCGAGAGCAGCCUCGAUUUUCGCACCGAGAUCUACCACAUUGCCGACCUCUUCGCGACGAAGACCGACCAAAACUCCUCAACAUCAACGACGACGAACUAAAUUACAAAAUAAUUAUUAACUAAGCCAAAUCGCCGACGACUCUUGUGUCUUUCAGGGGUGCCUUCAGCAGCAUUAGAAUAAUAUAAGCCUCAAUGGACUGUCCUACCUCCAGGAAAGUAUUCAAUCGUCUCAUCUCCGUUUUCGCUCCGACCGGAAACAAACCGCCGACUGCGAGAACAACCAAAGUGUCGGUUUUCUCCGCCAUUUCUUUUUAGUCUGUAGUUAAGCGAGCAUUUAUUAAACUUUGUAUUUAUAAAUAAUUA